UUUCAGUCUGACCUGCCUAUUUCAACUUUUCCCCUAUCCCCAAAUAAUGCAGAGUCUAUCGUCUAUGUUGUCUCCGUUAAACACAAAUAAUACCGUUUACUCUGAUGAUGUAAGGCCCAGGAGCCAGGAAACAACCAGCACAAACUUUCAAACACCUUUGACCAUUACAAUUCCUCCAAUUGAGUAUGAUAUUCCAGCAUGCCAGUUCAACCAACAACCACUUCUAACUUCCAAAAGCCCGGAACUUGAUGCACUAGUGAAACUAAACAAAGAAAUAGGAAAUCAGUACACCUAUCAAAUGUUUGAUGUUGAAAAAGCAAGCAAUAGUAACCAUCAUCUUGGUUUCCAGAAUGAUCCCCGAAUGGCAUAUGACAAGAUCAUCUACACUUCAACCAACAAGCUCGGCUGCAACGAUUUCUAUUACCAAUGUGCAUACGGAGAACCUAAAACCGACAGGAUGGCCAUCCGUCACAAGCUCGACAACGACGACAUUGAGCCAGCAGCAAAACGUCAUUGUGCCGGCGAAUUAGACUACUCAAGAUUUGGAAAUGAGCGUAGUGUGGUUGUGCAAAAUACGAAUGCAAUUGUGCAUCAAGAAUUAUGGAAGGAUAAUUGAUAUGGAACAUAACAUUUUGAAAUUUCUCUGCAUUUUCUUUGUUGUAUCACCUCGAAUCCAUUCUUUUUAGAAACCGAUUUUCUUCCUCGCCAUUCGUUCCAUUAGGAACAUGAUUGUCAGUCUCUUUCGCCAUUCCAUGAAUUCCAUAAACGAUCUGCUCCCCUUUCCCUCCCAUCAUAAAAAUAUCUGCAUUAAUGCAGUGUGAAAAAUUGCCUCUUUUUCUCUCCCCCUCUCACUUCUGCAUUUCAAUUCAAUGUUUGAUGUGGGACAGGCAUGCAAACGUUGUGCUGUGUUCCAAAUUCAAUUUUGAUUCCAAUAAAAGCCCCUUCUUGUA